CUGAGGAUGUAAGUAGCGGAGAGGUGGUAAUCCGUCGCCAUCUGGUUUCAUCUGGCGCGGGGACGGCCGCGAGGGCGUCGAGGAGCGGUUCACCGAGCCGCCGAGGGGCUUCUCAGCAGGGUCGGCCUCGUGGAUGAGCGCUGCUCUUUGGAGCUUCUUGUACUCGCUUAGGGAUCCGUUUCUCAGAUUCAAGGAGUUAGAAGUGAGCUUUCAGAUAAGUGAGGCCCCCACAGUGCUGCUUUGGGACUCGGAAGGGGAAAAUGGAACUGUCAGGAAUGAAAAAGAAGAGCUUGCUAGCCAUCAAAGAAAAUAAUAAAAAGUCCAGCACUAGGGCUCCCUCUCCGACCAAGCGCAAAGACCGGACCGAAGAAAAAUCCAAGGAUCGGUCCAAGGACAAACCAGCCACAAAGGAGUCUGGCGAAAAGGACCGGGGGCGUGACAAAACCCGCAAAAGACACAGUGCCUCCAGCGGCAGCAGUAGCACCAGGUCUCGGUCGAGCUCCACGUCCAGUUCCGGGUCAAGCUCCAGCACCGGCUCCAGCAGCGGCUCCAGUUCGUCUUCUGCGUCCAGCCGUACCGGGAGCUCGAGCACGUCCCGUAGCUCCAGCUCCAGCAGCUCUUCGGGCUCCCCGAGCCCCUCCCGCCGCAGGCACGACAACCGGAGGCGGUCCCGAUCCAAAUCUAAACCACCCAAGAGAGAUGAAAAAGAACGGAAGAGGAGGAGCCCCUCGCCCAAACCCACCAAAGUUCACGUCGGGAGGCUUACCAGAAACGUAACAAAGGAUCACAUAAUGGAAAUAUUUUCUACUUAUGGAAAGAUCAAAAUGAUUGAUAUGCCAGCAGAUAGACUCAACCCACACCUUUCCAGAGGUUAUGCGUAUGUAGAGUUUGAGAAUCCUGAUGAUGCUGAAAAGGCACUGAAACACAUGGAUGGAGGGCAGAUUGACGGGCAAGAGAUCACCGCCACAGCUGUCUUAGCUCCUCGGCCAAGACCUCUUCCCAGACGUUUCACCCCUCCCAGAAGGAUGUUGCUGCCACCGCCCAUGUGGCGGCGAUCACCACCACGCAUGAGGAGAAGAUCCAGAUCUCCCAGGCGCAGAUCCCCAGUUCGCAGGCGAUCCAGAUCCAGAUCUCCAGGCCGGAGGCGUCACCGCAGUCGAUCCAGUUCCAAUUCUUCUCGAUAAAACACAGGACUCAGCAGCUUUGUUCUUUAAGUUAAAAGCGCACCCAUUUAAAAUGGUACCUUUUUUUAAAAAAAAAGGAAAGAAUGACAAUAGAGCGAAGGGACAGUUGAGAAAUUAUAAAAAAUAGCUAAGAAUCUUGGAUCUGAUAGGGCAGAGAUGUUUCUUCGAUUUUGACAUUCUCAACGGUAAUUUGUUCUUUUAGACAUAAAUCUUUACAAAUCCAAGAAAAUACAGUAUGUUUUUUUCUCAGAUAUGCCAAAAUGGCUCGGAAGUAUGUCUCAAAAGUCAAAAUGUCUUCAUCCCCUUUCACCUAGCCCAGUAAAUUUUCAUACCCCCACUUUUUUUCUGAUUCCUCCUGCCAACCCAAAAUUCUAUUUUGGCUAUUGCAGUGUUGGAUAUUGAGCCUGUGACACAUUGAAAAUACCCGUUAAAUUCUUGUUAGCGAUACAGGAAAGAUCCCAUUUUGUAAUCUGUUGCUCACUUGAACCCAACCCAAUAACUGGGCUGAGGGGGACACUAAUUGUAAGACCUCCUUUUGCCAAAAACGAAUUACUCAAUUUGCCCAGUUCCUCACAAGAAUUUGGCGACCCUUUUGCAUUUUAGAAGAUGUGCAGAACGCACAAGCGGAACAUUUUUAUUUUCCUGAUCGCGUUUUUUGGGGGGUGGGGGUGGAGUGAGGAUUUUGUGACUGGAAAAAGCACGAUCCAUUUUCUAAAAGGCCAGAGAAUUCUCAGCCUGUUGUACAGUCAUUACUAUAAAGUUUGAUUUUUGUAUAACUUGGUAGCAUCUUGUAGUCACGUUGUGUUUGUACUUGUGUAGAAUGACAAGAUUAAAUAAACCAAUAAGGUUUAGGGUGUGAA